AUCACCUGAAAAGCAAAGCCCUGAACAACUAAACAGGAUGGUAAGAUUUGAACCCGCCUAAAUCUGAAGCAAGCAAAAAAAUACAAUACCAACGACUAGUCUCCUUAGGGCAGCAUUCGCAUGAGGAAGUAAACACGAUGUUCUCAAUCGCAGCAAUUAACGAUACGGAUUCCAGAGGUCAAUGGGAACCCUUAGCUCCUACUAAAGAAGCCCAGGAGUUCCAUCUCACACAAGCUUACCAUGAUGGGCUUCUCAAGUUACAGGCUAAAGAGUACGAAAAGGCUCGCGAACUGUUAGAAUCCGUUCUGAAGGAUCCUCUUAUUUCAAACGCUCAAGUGGAUAGCAAUAAUACCGAUGGUCAUCUGUUACAACUCAAAUUUUUGGCACUGAAGAACCUUGCCGCUGUUUUCCUUCAACAAGGUUCAAGUCAUUAUGAGAGUGCUUUGCGUUGUUAUCUUCAAGCUGUGGAGAUUGAUAAUAAAGAUUCGGUUGUCUGGAACCAGCUGGGAACUCUGUCAUGCUCAAUGGGUUCAUUGAGUAUUUCACGAUGGGCGUUUGAGCAGGGACUUUUGUGCAGUCCUAACAAUUGGAAUUGCAUGGAGAAACUGUUGGAAGUUCUCAUUGCCAUUGGUGAUGAAGUUGCAUGCCUUUCUGUUUCAGAGUUGAUUUUGAGGCAUUGGCCAUUGCAUUCUCGUGCCUUGCAUGUCAAAAAUACUAUUGAGGAGUCAGAAUUAGUUCCUUUUGCUCCUAGAGGUAUAGAUAAGCUAGAACCUAAACAUGUUCGUCUUAAAUUUCAUGACAAGAGAAAAGCACCUGAUGAGAAUCUAGAUGAGGGCAGUGCACUAAAAAAGCUGAACCAGAACAUAGAUUUGCAACUUACAGAAGCUUCCUGGGCUGCUCUCGCUGAUGCACUCCUGGGAAUAUUGCUACCACUGAAUGGUUGUGGUUCUGACAUGGAGACUGGAAAUUUGCAAAGAUCUGGGGAUGUCAGGUUAAGGAUACUCAUCCCUCCUAGUUCCGAAAUUGUUAUGGAGAGUAUGGAAAAGAAAGUGCCUACUUCAGCUUCAAGUGGUGAAAGUCUUCCUCCUAGUGAUUGUGACACUGAAAGAGCAAGCAACUUGAAAGAAAAAGAAUCAAAUUUUGUGGAAGAACAACCACAGGAGAGGCGGAGUACUCGUCUUGAAAGGCUUAGGAGUCGUAAACCUGGCAAAGAAGAAAUAGAUUUUGCUGCCGGUAAGGAUUUGGCCAAGAUUGUGCUUCAAUUGCUUGAACCUUUUGUCAUCAGUAGACCAGAAGGCAAAGAUUCUGAUGAUGUUGUUAAUUGUUCUAUCUCAUAUGCUGAUCAAGCUUAUUCCUUGGAUAUGGAAUGUCAAGAAGUUGCUAAUUUUGUGACAGAAAGUUCAAAAAAUUACGGUGCUUACCAUUUGGGUCACUUGCUUUUGGAACAUGCCACAAAUAAAAGCCUUGUGCAUCCAGAUGCACAUGUCAAAUUCCUUGAGUUGGAGAAGUUGACAAGGCAUUGGGGGCAGGAUAGGACUCCUGAAUGUAGUCUUUUUCUUGCUGAGUUGUACUACAACAUUGGGUCUUCUCCUUCCAAUUCCUCCAAUCUAUCUGAAUUCUUAUCGGAGGCAUCCUACCAUCUAUGUAAAAUAAUUGAAUCAGUCGCAUUAGAUCAUCCUUUUCAUAUGACUUCUUCAUUUGGCAAUGAAAAUUGCACUUCAUUUAAGAAUUUUCUUGGCACUGAUGGAAUAUCACCCAAUAACUCUUUUUGUGAAAGUUCACAUUUAGAUAGUUUCUUGUCAUCCAACAAAAGUCCCUUCUGGGUUCGUUACUUCUGGUUGAGUGGACAGUUGUCUGUUCUGGAUGGCAACAAGGCAAAAGCUUAUGAUGAAUUCUGCAUUUCCUUGUCAAUUUUGGCGAAGAAGGAAGAUGCAAACAAUCCUUUAUGCUUGGUGCAGCUGCCACAUUGUAAGAAUAUUAAAGAGUUAACUGUUGAGAGGAUUCUUCAUGAAAUAAAUUUAUUAAAGGUUGAUUUCUUGUUGGAUAAGACUUUAGGUGAGAUGAUUGAGAAAGAGAUGUAUCUGGAAUGUGUAACUUUGCUUGCUCCUCUUCUUUUUUCUGCCAAUUAUGUAUCAUAUUUACUGGCUGCUGACCAAAAGGGCGAGGGGAUUACAUCUGUUGAACUGUCAGCAUUAGAUAUAUUAAUUAAAGCUUGUCAGAAGAUAAAGCCAAUGGAUAUUGAGGUGUAUGUGAAUUGUCACAGACGAAAGCUUCAACUACUUACAGCAUUAGCUGGCAUGGAUCAAUGCAUUGCUCUUUGUAAACGCUUUCCUCAGAAGUCAGGGUUAAAAAUGCUUUCUGGUUCUGAGAUGGUAUCAAGAGACAGUUCAAGCAAGCACUGGGAUCACUUGGUUGCAGAGGAAGUGAAGGCAAUUUCACAAUGUGUGUCACAAGUGAAAAACUUCAAUGAUCAAUCUGGAGAUUCUCUAUGCUUGCAGAGUGGCACUGUUUUAGUUGGCAUCAUUAGUGACAUUCAAUCACUGCUUCUGGCAAUCAUGUACAACAUUGCAAACAACAUCCUUUGCAAGAAAUCUUCUAUGCCAGUAAUUGUUGAUCACCUGGAACAAAAGCAAAGUAAUUGCUUCAUUGAUGCAGCCAUUGCUUUUUGCAAGCUUCAACAUCUUGACCCUUCUGUAACUAUUAAAACCCAGGUUGAAUUAAUCGUGGCAAUUCAUGACUUGCUUGCUGAAUAUGGGCUUUGCUGUGCGGGUGAAGGUGGUGAAGGGGAGGAAGGAACUUUUCUUAAAUUUGCAAUAAAGCAUCUCUUGGCGUUGGACAUGAAGCUAAAAUCCAGCUUUAACUCUUCAAACAGUGAGAAUAGUCCACAUGACGGGCAGCCAAACCAUGAUAAUGAUGCCAAAACAUCGCAAAAUGAAAUAAGUUCAGAUAAGCUAGAUGUGGAAAUGGGUAGAACUGAAAACUCUGAAUCCAUUACUGCGAUGAAGGAUGAUAUUGAAGGGAUUGCUUCUAAAGCAGCUCCAUCUUGUUCUGGUGAAGAGGACAAUACAACAGCUCAUGAAAAGCAGUGCAGCAAUGAUGAGAAAAUUAACCUUGGAGAAAAAAGUGGUGAUCAGCUUGAUGAAUGUGCCGAUGAGCUUACAGAAGAUGAAAAGGAGGAACUUGAACUAAUGAUUGAUAAUGCUUUGGAUCAGUGCUUUUUCUGCUUAUAUGGUCUAAAACUUAGAUCUGACUCAUCCUAUGAUGAUGAACUGGCUGUGCACAAAAAUACUAGUCGUGGUGAUUAUCAAACUAAGGAACAAUGUGCUGAUGUAUUCCAAUACAUUCUUCCUUCUGCCAAGGCUUCCUCUAGAACUGGAUUGGUCAAACUUCGCAGAGUGCUAAGAACCAUACGUAAACACUUUCCGCAGUCACCAGAAGAUAUUUUGGCUGGCAAUAUAAUAGAUAAGUUUUUAGAUGAUCCUGAUUUAUGUGAGGACAAACUGUCAGAGAUGGCUGGAUCUGAAGGUUAUCUUGAGACCAUAACAAAGAUGCUUUUUCCCAAUGGAGGAAGCCUCAAACAGUACAAGGCAUCAUCAUUUCGAAGCUCUGAGCCAUAUUUGGAGGUCUAUAGCAAUUUGUAUUAUUUCCUGGCACAGUCAGAAGAAAUGAAUGCAACUGAUAAAUGGCCUGGCUUUGUGCUCACCAAGGAAGGGGAAGAAUUUGUUCAGCAGAAUGCAAAUCUCUUCAAAUAUGAUCUACUCUAUAACCCUCUACGCUUUGAGAGUUGGCAACGUCUUGCUAAUAUUUAUGAUGAGGAGGUGGACUUGCUGCUAAAUGAUGGGAGUAAGCACAUAAAUGUAUCAGGGUGGAGGAAAAAUACUACUUUGCCUCAGAGAGUUGAGACAAGUAGGAGGAGGAGCAGGCGUUGUCUAUUGAUAAGUUUGGCUUUGGCAAAGACAUCAGCACAGCAGUGCGAGAUACAUGAGCUAUUGGCAUUGGUAUACUAUGACAGCCUUCAGAACGUUGUCCCAUUUUUUGAUCAGCGAUCUAUCGUGCCCUCAAGGGAUGCAGCUUGGAGGAUGUACUGUGAGAACUCUUUAAGGCAUUUUAAAAAAGCCUUCAUGCACAAGCAGGAUUGGUCACAUGCAUUCUACAUAGGAAAGCUGUGUCAAAAGCUUGGAUACUCACAUGAGACAUCAUUAUCUUAUUAUGAUAAGGCCAUUGCGUUGAAUCCAUCAGCUGUCGAUCCUUUCUACAGGAUGCAUGCUUCGCGGCUGAAGCUGCUCUGGACCUGUGGAAAAGAAAAUCUUGAAGUUUUAAAGGUUCUUUCAAUGUAUUCUUUCGCUGAAUCUGUGAAGGAUGCUGUAAUGGGCAUUAUCAGGGGAAUGACUCCUGAAACUUCACUUUUGGAAGAAGAUGUAACGGACAAAAGCUGUAAAAAAAAUAUGGAGGAAAAACAUCAUGAUGAAUCAGAGCAAAUGGAGGUGUGGACAAUGCUUUACAAUGAUUGUCUUUCUGCCCUGGAAAUUUGUGUUGGAGGAGAUCUGAAACAUUUUCAUAAGGCCAGAUUUAUGCUUGCUCAAGGGUUACAUAAGAAGGGGGGAAGGGUUGAUUUGCAGAAAGCCAAAGACGAACUUUCUUUUUGCUUCAAAUCAUCUCGCUCGUCCUUUACAAUAAAUAUGUGGGAGAUUGAUGGCAUGGUCAAAAAAGGAAAGCGCAAAACACCAGGUUUUGCUGGGAACAAGAAGGCCCUUGAAGUCAACUUACCAGAGAGUUCUCGAAAAUUUAUAACUUGCAUCCGGAAAUACUUGUUGUUUUAUCUGAAACUGUUGGAAGAAACUGGAGACAUCUGUACUCUUGACCGGGCUUAUGUCUCCCUUCGGUCAGAUAAGAGGUUCUCCUUGUGCAUUGAAGAUCUUGUACCAGUGGCACUUGGAAGGCACAUCAAGGCUCUAGUUUUAUCCAUGAGGCAAGUUGAGCCUGCUGGUGCUGAUGCUGCCAUCAGUUUUGAGCAUCAACUAGAGAAGAUAUUUGGUUUGUUUAUGGAACAGGGUACCUUAUGGCCUGAGAUCUGCUGUUUGCCUGAGAUUAAGGGUUCAGAAAUAUCUGAGAGCACUUUAUAUGGGUAUCUUCACCAGUAUAUUGUGUCCCUGGAAAGAAAUGGCAAACUGGAAAUACUUGAAGCAAUAAACGAGAGGAUCCGAAAGCGGUUCAAGAAUCCAAAAUUGUCAAAUAGUAACUGUGCCAAAGUUUGCAGGCAUGCCUCUGUUGCUUGGUGUCGAUCUCUUAUAUAUAGCUUGGCAUCAAUCACUCCACUGCAAUCUGGAUUCCCAAUUGAGGUUCAAACUCUUAAUUCAAUAGAUGGUGCCAUGGAAAGCAGCCAGCAGCUUUGUAUUGAUCUGCAGACACAUGAAAUAUGGAGUUCAUCAUUUGAGGACUCAACUCAUUUCGAAAGUCUUCAAACAAAAUGGAGCCCAACUUUGGCAAAAAUUAAUAAUAUCAUUAUAAAGAAAGCUUCUGAUGGAGAUAUGGAGACCGCCAACUCUUUGCUUAGAAGUUCAUAUAAUUUCUAUCGAGAGAGCUCCUGUGUAAUGCUCCCAUCUGGUGUCAACCUUUGGUUGGUGCCAUCUCAACUAGUAAAAGAAAAGCAAUUUCCAUCAAUUAUGGAAGGGGCUGAAACUCUUGAUUUAAGCAUUCCAAGGAAGCUUUUGUUGUGGGCUUAUAUGCUAUUGAAUGGCCGCUAUGCCAGCAUUUCAGUUGUUGUAAAGCAUUGUGAAGAAAAUACUAAGUUGAAGAUGAAAAGAGGGGCUGCAACUUCAUCAGCACCACAAAAUACAAACAUUAGCAUUGCUGUAUCCAGUCAUACAGCCAUUAGUAGCGGCAAAGAAGUACCAAGCAAUGGUGGAGGCAGUGAAGCAGAGGCUGCUCCAGUGACCUCAGUGCCACCUGCUCUACUCUCUGAGGGUGAAAGCAGACAUUCCACCAGUCCACUUCCUCCGUCCAGUGAGGGUCAAAGGAGCUUCUCUGUGGCUCCACAACUACAUCCUUGUAAGAAUGAAGGGGAAAAGAGCGCUGUGGCUCACGAUGCAGGAGAUCCUAACAAAGGCUGAUUUUGUAUAGUGGACUUCUUGUAAAUAUCACGUGCUUAUUCCUUUUAACAUGUAAUGAAACCGAAAAAGUCAGGAUGUAAUCCCACGAAUAGUUGAGUUUUGUUAUUAGAAGUGAAAGCAAACAGAGAGGGGAAAUGCAUUUGCUUA